UUCUAGAAUAUUUGAUCACAACUUUGGAAGUGAAGGAAAACUUAGACAACUUUUUGUUGUUUAUGAUAUCAAGUGUACCUCCUUCAAACAAUGCCAUUUUUCAAGAAUAAAAGUGCGAACUUAACGAAUGAGAGUUCGCCGAAGGAUCAACGGCGUGAGGAUCGCAAGAAUCGAGCCAAGAACGCGACUCCAGAAAACUCACUCAACGAGAAAGCAGCUUCCCCGAAAACUACAUCCCAUGAAACAGCUCAAAACUCUGCUAGAAAUAACAUUCCUGAUGACAGAGCUAACGCUGUACCAAGUCCCGYUUCGAGAGAGAAAAUGAGAAGACAUCGUGGUGCUCCUCCUAAGCCRAGUUCGAUUCCUCCUCCCGAUCCCAGCGCACCACCGSCAGCACCACCGCGAUUUGUAUUUUAUUGUCAACUUGCUCAUGGUAGCGCUACAGCAAAGGUUGAAGGUUUUACUAAUGUAAAACAGCUCUACGAAAAGAUUGCAGCAGCCUUUCAUAUCAAAGACGAAGAGAUCUUAUUUUGCACAUUGAACACCUAUCGAGUUGACAUGGAUCGGCUUCUUGGUGGUCAAAUUGGUUUGGAUGACUUUAUAUUUGCACAUGUAAAAGGACAAAUAAAGACUGUAGAAGUCCUUAAAGAUCAACCAUCACUUGGUUUGACAAUUACCGACAAUGGUUCAGGAUGUGCAUUCAUUAAACGCAUAAAAGAAGGCAGUAUAGCUGACAAAGAACCACAAAUCUGUGUCGGUGAUCAUGUUGAGACAAUUAAUAAUGUAUCAGUUGUUGGAAAGCGACAUUUUGAUGUUGCUCGCAUGUUGCGGGAGGUGGAUGUGCAAGGAAAGAUCAGUUUUCGUUUAGUGGAACCAAUGCGAUCUUUUGAGGGUAUUGGUCCAAGGACGUCAACCAGGGGGGCUCAAGCACCAACRCCAGCAGGAGGGGGAGAUGAAAAAACAGAGAAAGCAGUUGGGUCUGGCAAAGCGACUUUACGACUGAAAGCCAAAGGACCCCCUGUAGUUGAAAAUAUUGUGGACACUGCAUGGGAACAAGUUGCAAUGAAGAAGGUUGAUGAUCUGUUGGAAAGCUUUUUGGGAAUCAGAGAUGAAGAAUUAGCUGCAAAUUUGGUAACUUUGAGUAAAAACAAAGAAAACCCGAGUGAUUUUGCCAUUACUUUGGAUGAGGAAUAUGCUGAUUUUCAGUUUCCAGAUGAUUUCAUAUUUGAUCUUUGGGGUGUAAUUAGUGACGCAAAGAAAGGCAGAAUAUAAUGUCAUUGAAGUGCAUUUUGAUAAUAGCCAACAAUAUUCCUUACAAAGUGAUAAAUCCAAUAAAUACCUCUAUUGAUCUCUUUUACACUGCAAUAGCCUCAAAACCAUGUUAUAUAUUCUUUUAUUCAGAGAGCUUUUGCAAAUGCAAGAGAAGACAGAAAACAAUAGCACAGAAGACAAUGAAAAUAGUGUGAAAUCUCAUGAGUUUUAACCAAAUUUCUGCAUAUUCURCACACAAUUGAGGCUAACACAGUCUAAAAGAUAUCAAGAAACUCACUAUUUAGUCCCUUGACACUAGUUUAGUGAUGAAAGAGAGCAGCAUAUCACACCAUGCAACUGUCUGUGCCAAACAGAAGGAGUGAAUAAUAGUGAUGAAAUUAACUUUUUUAAGAUUUCAUAUUUGGAUGAAAGCCUAACAACKUUAAGGCAGUAUUUUUAAGAAAAGCUGAAUUCAUAUCCUUGUUGYUCAUUUAUUCAAUUUUUGUCAUUCCUGGAGUUAGGAUUGGAACAUUUUUGUUWGGUAGGGAGGAGAGGAAGGGGGCUGAUUGCAUUAGCCAUAUUAGGAUUAUUUCUGAGCUAUUUAUAAUUCAUAAGUAGUUGGUCAUGUGACCCCAAUUAUUAGCAGCCUAAUCCUAAAUACUUUUUUGCUUUUUACUCUGACAAUUGUAUUUCACAACUUAUACUUAAUCUAAGUCAACCCCUGUCCUGCUAAAGACAAAAAGGUUUUUUUAUCAGGACUCCACUUUUCUGCAGCUCUUCAUAUCUGCAUACGUUUGUGUAUAGAAACCUGUGAUGUCUCAGUAUUAACACUGUAAACUCAUUGUAAAAGACUUGAUUUGAUAUUUAUGUSUAGGAUAGUGUGGUGUUAUAAACACUUCAUUGACAGAGCUACAUUUAGGGAUAACUAUAAUUAAUAUUUAAAUGAUUAUUUAUACUCAAUGUAAUGAGUAUUGUAAAUUAAUUUAGAGAUACACUUUAGUUAKAAUAAAACAGCCAAGCUUAACAGUAAAAUUUA